CCUGUCCCAACACAGGCCCGCAGUUCCUGUGCACUGUGCGCUUGCUGCCGGGGACAGCGGGACAUACUGCAUGUCCACGCAGGAAGACACACAGCAAGAAAUGGAAUUACUUUCAAGAUGAGCUCUGAACUUUGACUCUCACUCUCGACUUGGAAUUGUGACGAUUUCCCUUUAUUUAAUCACUUCAACUGAGUUAAGAUGGAGUCAGAAGAAGGGAAGAUCUCGGUGUGGGUCUGCCGGGAAGAGAAGCUGGUCUCGGGGCUGACCAAGCGCACCACAUGCGCCGAUGUGGUUCAAGUCCUGCUGGAGGACCAGAACUUGCAGCAAGGUGCCUCAGCGGGCAUGCUGUCCGGUCCGUCGCAGUCCUACUGCGUGGUGGAGAAAUGGAGGGGCUUCGAAAGGAUUUUACCCAACAAGACAAAAAUCCUCCGACUGUGGAGCGCCUGGGGGGACGAGCAGGAGAACGUCCGAUUCGUCCUGGUAAAGAACGACGCGUCUCUGCCCAACAACGGGCCCCGCAGCGCUGAGGCCAGGGUGGUCCAGAGUCGGGAGAACUGGGGGCCCGGAGGGGUGAUCCGGGGUCCCGCUAGGACCUGUUGGACCGCUGCGACCACCAACCUGUCGCAGGAACGGCAGAGGCGCAUCGUGAGGAAGGCAUUCAGGAAGUUGGAUAAGAUGAACAAAAAGAAAGAGCAGGCUGUUACUAAAGACCAAACCUCCAUGGAGAAAAUGGAGACGCUGGUCCACUUGGUGCUUUCUCAGGAUCACACCAUCCGCCAGCAGGUCCAGAGACUGAAGGAGCUGGAUCAGGAGAUCGAGUGCUACGAGUCUAAAGUGCACUUGGACCGUAUGAAGAGACACGGGGUUAACUAUGUGCAGGACACUUACAUGGAGGACUUCUUAUUCCCGGGCAAAGUGGAGGCUCCGGACGCGCAUUGCACGGCUGAGGCGCUCCUGCAGUUCGAAGAGUACGCGCGCCGAUGCGAGGAGGUGGUGCGACUGCAGGAGGAGCUGGCGGAGCGUGAGGCGCUCAUGGAGAACAUCACCGGGAAGAUACAGGAGGAGCUCAACCGCAGGUGGAUGAAACGACGGCGGGAGGAGAGAGGAGAAGAUGUGCUGGAGGAUUUCAAGGAGGAAAUGUGUCUCUCUGCGCCCCCGGUGCUUGACUCACACUUGGAGCGUGUGUCUGGGGACGAGCUGACUUUGGAGGAGGAGAGGAUCAAAACCCAGCUGAACACCAGCCUGUACAUCAGCCUGAGGCUCAAGACAGACUUGGAUGGCAUUAGAGGCGACUUGGACCUGAGUCUGGCCACGUGGGAGAGCAAAGAGGGCGAACUGCUGGACCUGCUGGCCAAAGUAGAAUCUAUGGAGAUAGAGCAGAAUCAUUGUGAUGAUGAUGAUGCUAAUACAAAGGCAGAUGAAGGUGCAGUAGUGGAGAAGAGCAGUAUUUGGGUGGAGCAGGUCCGAGGGCUAUCUAAGACCGUCAACGCCAACGAUGAGGACUCGGACACGGGUCUGAGCUCCAUGCACAGUCAGGACUCUGACAAUCCUCCUGUGUGUGAGUCUCUAGUGUAGUGUCACAUGACACACUGUAAGAAUUCCAUAGCAAUAUACGUGUUUGUAUGUCAUGUUAGCACAAUAAGCUAAACCUUGCCUGACAUGUGACUUCACGAGGCGAGUCAACACGGUGCCACAUGAUAGUGUGUGUAUGUAUCUACAGUAUGUACCGGACAAUGUGUUGUCUUAAUAGAACUUUUAAAACAAUGUUGGAUUCUUUGCUGAGGUAUCCAUGCAGUUUUAUUUUGAAAGGUUCACGCCAAGUGCAGCGUAAUAAAACCACGGCAUUUCUACAUACAGUGUUCCCUCGCUCUAUCGCAGUUUCGUGGAAUUUUUUAGUGCUUCUUUUUUUUCCUAUUACAGUAUGAACCUGUUACAGGCGUGAGCCUGGCCCUUUAAGAAGAAUUGCAUUGUGGGAAGUUGAGUGUCUCUCUUUUCCCUAUGCACCACCCAUUUUGGCUGUAGACCAUUGUCAAUCAAUCUCCUUUGUGUGCUGCCCUGCUGUGCCUCCUGUGUCAUCGCUAGCUUGCUAGCUUGCUAGCUUGUAAAGGAAUCUUCGGUUCGAAGGAGGAGGACUGCAGCGAUAUGUUUUAACACGGAUACAAAAAUGCUACAGUACAGCGGAACGGCACCAGGAGAGAAAAUAUGCAUGUGUCCUCAUAAAAGAAAAUAUGUGAUGAACAAACCAGCACUGAAGCAGCAGAUAAGCACAACGCAGCGGGACAAAGGACAG